AUGGAUCUGAAAACACUUAUUCUAACUCUUCGUGAAAUUUUUGAGGAUGAUCAUAUUAAUGUGGAAGAAGUGAGAAGAGUUUUAGAGAGUUAUAAGUCGAAUUUUAAUGAUUGGAAACAAUUUGCCAAAUUUGAUGAGCAUAAGUGAGUUUGGGGAAAAUUCAGAAGGAUUCAGAAGGCCUAAGGAGGCUUUAGGGGGCUUCAAAAGGCUUCUGAAAAUUUGUGAGGGCUUCAGAAGGGUUUUAGAGACUGAAAAGGGCUUUAGAAGGCUUCUGAAGGCUUGACAAGGCUUCUGAACAUUUGCGAGAGCUUCAGGAGACUUUAGAAGGCUUCAGAAGGCUGUACUGGGCUUCAGAAGAUUUGUGAGAGCUUCAGAAGGCUUUUGGAAACUUCUGAAAAUUCGUGAGGGCUUCAGAAGGCUUUAGAAGGCUUCUGAACUUGAUUUCUAAUAAAAAUAUUGCCCUGAUUUGAUUUUGAGAUUCUGAAAAUCACAGAUUUUUAAAGUUGAAAACUUGAUUUCCUAGAUUUGACCCAACUGCUUCUGAUACCCUAAAAAAUUCUGAAAACAAAAAAUAUUUUUUGAUAAAAAUAUUUUUCAAUUUCUACACGAUCUUUCAUGAUAUCUAGAUUCUGUAGAUCGAAAAGUUUCAGCCGAUAUCUGAUUCUGAAAUUUUAAUUAAAAUUUUCAAAAUAUGAUUCCACUGCUUCAAAAAAAAUCAGCGCUGACCAAAAAUAAACAAACAAUUUUCUCCACAAUUUCCAUCACGAUCAGGUGGCCGAGUGGUUAAGGCGAUGGACUGCUAAUCCAUUGGGGUUUCCCCGCGUGAGUUCGAAUCUCAUCCUGAUCGAAACUUUUUUUUUGUUUUCUAGUUAUUUUUGGAUAUCAAGCCUCAUGGUUUCAGAUAUACCCGAAACUUGGUUGACAUCGGAAACGGCAAAUACAAUCUGAUGAUUUUAUGUUGGGGUCCUGGUAUGGCUAGCAGUAUUCACGAUCAUACAGAUGCGCAUUGUUUUGUUAAGAUGUUGGAUGGAUGUUUGACGGAAACUAGAUAUGAUUGGCCAAAGGGGGAUGAUGAACCUUUGGGGGUUUUGCAAUCGACUACUUAUGAGCAGAAUGGUGUUUCGUAUAUGAGUGGUGAGUUUAGGGGAACUUUGAAAAUAUAAGUUUUCAGGCCUGAAUAAACCUACAAUUCCGGACAUUUUGAAACCAAAUAAGCCUAGUUUUUGGACCUGAAAAUACUGGAUUUUCUAGGGUCUGAAGAAGCCCAGAUUCUGGUCUAGAAAUAUUUGAUUUCAUAGAGUCUGAAGAAGCCUAGUUUUGGUCUAAAAAUACUGGAUUUUUUGAACCCAAAUAAGCCUAGUUUUGGUCUAAAAAUACUGGAUUUUCUAGGGUCUGAAGAAGCCUGAAUAUUCUUAGUUCUGAGCCUGAAAAGGCCUAGAUUUUCAGUUCUAACUAGGCUUCGAUUUUCAGCCUGAACUUCAGAUUUUUGAUUCCUAAUAAGCCUAAAAAUUUAAUUCAAAAUUUUGAUUUUUGAGCCCAAAUAGGCCUGGAUUUUGAGUUCUAAAUAGACAAAUUUUUCAGCUUGAACUUUGGAUCUGAAAUUUUGAUUUUUUGGCCUGAAAAGGCCUAGAUUUUCGGUUCUAACUAGGCUCAGAUUUCCAGCCUGAAUUUCGGAUAUUCGAUCCCGGAUAAGCCCAGAAUUUUUAAUAGAAAAUUUUGAUUUUUAAGCCUAAAAAGGCCUAGAUUUUCAGCCUGGAUGUAGUAGUUCUAGGCCCAAAUAGGCUCAGAUUUUCAGUUCUAACUAGGCUUCGAUUUCCAGCCUGAACUUCAGAUUUUUGAUCCCGGAUAAGCCUGGAAUUUUCAAUCUGAAAUUUUGAUUUUUGAGCCUGAAAAGGCCUGGAUUUUUAUAUCUAACUAGGCUCAGAUUUCCAGCCUGAACUUUGGAUUUUGAAUCUCUAAUAAGCCUAAAAUAGGCCUGGAUUUUCAGUUCUAACUAGGCUUCGAUUUUCAGCCUGAACUUCAGAUUUUCGAUCACCAAUAAGCCUGGAUCUUCUGCCUGGAAUUUUCAGAUUUUCCCAAUUAUAUUAGGCCUAGGUUUUUUGGCUUAAAAUUAAAGAAGCCUGAAAUUAAAGAAGCUUAAAACCUAAUAAGAAGAAGCCCAAAAAGCCUUUAAAAAAUCAAUAAAUUUCUCUCCAGACGAGCUCGGUCUCCACCGAAUGGAAAACCGUAGUCACUCAAACGGCGCAGUCUCUCUUCACCUCUACAUUCCACCCUACGACACUUGCAACAUGUUUGACGAGAGAACCGGCCGAAAAACCAAGUGCACAGUCACAUUCUACAGUAAAUAUGGUGAGAAGGUGGAUUAUCGUGGCGCCAAAAAUGGUGUCACUUCUGUUCCAACACCCACUCCACCAAACAUCAAUAAUAUGCCUCUUGUUUCAAGAUCGUAA